GUCUUAUGCACAAUUGGAAUGGGACACAGAGAUCUUUUGCAAGCACCUGAAGCAUUAAUGAUCACUGAACACCAUGUGGAGCCUUGGGUCCCUUCUAGAAGUCUCUGCAGUGGAAGGGGAAAUUGGGGCAUCAGAAGGCCUUGAUGACUGCCUCCAGCAAUACAUUAAAAAUUUUGAAAGGGAAAAAAUCAAUGGAGAACAGCUGUUGCACAUCACUCAUCAAGAACUUGAAGAACUGGGAGUCACUCGCAUUGGACACCAAGAAUUGAUUUUAGAAGCAGUUGAUCUGCUCUGUGCAUUGAAUUAUGGUUUAGAGACAGAAAACCUGAGAACACUCUCUCACAAGCUGAAUGCCUCAGCCAAAAAUCUUCAGAACUUUAUAACGGGUAGAAGGAGGAGUGGCCAUUAUGAUGGCAGGGCCUCCAGACGACUGCCAAAUGAUUUUCUUACCUCUGUUGUUGACCUGAUUGGUGCUGCCAAGAACUUGCUAGCCUGGCUGGACAGGUCUCCAUUUGUCAGUGUGACAGAAUACUCACUGCUGAAAAACAAUAUUGUUCAACUGUGCCUGGAAUUAACAACCAUCGUGCAACAGGAUUGCACAGUAUACGAAACAGAAAAUAAAAUUCUUCAUGUGCAGUCUGUAUGGAAACUGAAGAACCUAUCACUACUGAAUGUAUGGACCCAUCCACCUACCCAGAAUGAAAAUUUCCAGUGUAAAACUUUGUCUGGAAUCUGUGACCACAUCAUUUCUCUCUCAUCUGACUCUCUGGUGUCUCAGUCAGCACACCUUGAAGUAGUUCACCUUACUAGCAUUAUGCCCAGUGAGGGCUUGGGGAUGUAUAUCAAGUCAACAUACGAUGGGCUGCAUGUAAUCACUGGGACUACUGAAAAUUCUCCUGCAGACCAGUGUAAGAAGAUCCAUGCAGGGGAUGAGGUGAUCCAGGUCAAUCAUCAAACUGUGGUUGGCUGGCAGUUAAAGAACCUUGUAAAUGCAUUGCGGGAAGACCCAAAUGGAGUGAUCUUAACCUUGAAGAAACGUCCUCAAAACACCCUGGUUUCUGCUCCUGCACUUCUGAAGAAUGUGAGGUGGAAGCCUCUAGCACUUCAGCCUGUGAUUCCAACCAGUCCAACAAGCAGCUCCACAACUCCAACCAGCACAAUGGGCAUGUCCUCAAAAAUUGACAGCUCUGCUCUCCAGGACAUUUUCAUCCUCUCUCCCAUGUCAGGACUUUAUGGUCCAAGGGAUGAAAUUGGAAUAAUGUCUUGUGAUGACAUCAGCAAAUAUGGAAAGUCUGGAAUGAAAGGCUCCGAGUCACCUAGCUACUUUCUGGAGCAUGAAAGUGGGAAGUAUUACACAUUAAUUGAAGAUGAGGGCCAUCCAGUGGUCUCUGAGUAUGAGAGAGGCAGAACCACAGGAGUUCGGAGAAGAGAAAAGACACCAACUCAUGGUGACUUGAGGCCUGUUUCUAUGCCUACAGAGUUCAGCUGGAUCGGAGAGUCAAAAGAACCAAACAUGUACAAGAGAGGCAGUCGAGAUUCGGAGAAUUCACUCCUGCGAUACCUGAGUGAUGACAAGAUCUUGGUGAUCCAAGAAGAGCCUAUGACACAGAAAGACAACAAGAGAGACACAGGCCGCAGGUCAAGGAAAAAGGGCAAAAACACAAGUAGCCCGAACUAUCCAAUUAGCCCAUCUAUGUUGACAUCUACUGUUAGCGUUAGGCUGGAACCUGGGCAGCAAGAUGUCUUGAAUUUCUCACUAGCUGAAAGCAACACUGUUCCACUGUAUCACAGAGCAGGGGAGACAAUCGGUGGAGAUUCUGAAAGGUACGCUAGUUCUGCCAGUGACCGUCAAGGGAGCACAUCCAUGAGGAAGUCUUUCCACUACGCUUCCCUGAGGGUAAAAACCAAAAAAUGGUCAAAAGGGAGCUCUCUGACUAGUGGGAGCAGGAGGCGGAUUUCCUGCAAAGACUUGGGCCAUGGAGAUUGUGAGGGCUGGCUGUGGAAGAAAAAAGAUGCCAAAGGAUACUUUACACAGAAAUGGAAAAAAUACUGGUUUAUUCUGAAGGAUUCUUCAUUGUACUGGUACACAAACCAGAAUGAUGAAAAAGCAGAAGGAUUCAUCAGUUUACCUGAGUUCAGGAUAGAUAGAGCUAUUGAAUGCAGAAGGAAACAUGCCUUCAAAGCAUGCCACCCAAAAAUUAAGAGCUUUUACUUUGCAACUGACUGUCUUGAAGAAAUGAAUAGAUGGAUGAACCGUCUGGGACUUGCAGCCAUUGGUUAUACACCUGAUGACAAGGAUAUUCGGCCAGAUGAAGAUUACUGGAGUGAAAGUGACCAGGAUGAUAUUGAUGGCUCUUUAACCCUGAAACAGGAAGGUCCUUCAACACUAUGUGACACCUACCAUCGAACACCCUCAGUGAAUUCUUCAAGUCCAUUCCCUGAACUGAAACAUGGUCGACACUUUUCAAGUGAAUCUACCUACUCCUAUUCUUCUGCGGAGGAUUCCCGACAAGAUGCCACAGGAAGUACACACUCAUCAGGAUGCAGACCUCCCUAUCGAGAAAGGCGCUCAUGGCAGGACCUGAUAGAGACCCCUUUAACCAGUUCUGGCCUCCAUUUUCUUCAGACUGUUCCUCCUGACCCAGAAUAUGUGAGUGGCCGACCUGGAAUGUCACCAGAGAGGCGAAGACAGGCAACAUUACCAGUCCAAAGACGUCACAAUCAUGAACGAGAUGGACCUUUCCCUUUGGUGGAGUGGCAAAGGGGAUAUAGUUCACAUAACAGGCCCCAGAAGCAACGUAGUCAAAGCCUUCCACGAAACAGAGAUGUCAGGGGCAAAGGGCGUGUAAAGUCUUCAGGCAUAACAGAAGAGAAGCCUGAAGAGAAACUUCUUAUAAAAAAGCAAAAUAAUUUCUGUGAAGAAGAAAACAUAAAGGAAAUCAGGGAAAGUACAGAUGGUCUGCAAGAGCUGUACAAGUCUUUGGAACAAGCCAGCUUGUCAGCCUUUGGAGAGCAGCGUCCUUCUACCAAGCAGGAAUUCCGGAAGUCUUUUGUAAAGAGGUGCAAUGAUCCAAUUAUCAAUGAAAAACUUCAUCACAUCAGAGUUCUCAAGAGCACUUUAAAAGCAAAGGAAGGGGACCUGGUAACUAUCAACAAUCUUCUGGAUGAUCCCAACUUGACAUCAAAGAAGUUCAAAGAGUGGAAGCUAAAGAACUAUGAAUUUUUCCUGGACAUUUGUGAGUACAGCGCUGCUCUGAAACUUCAAAAUGGAGCCUCUGAACUUGUAACCCCUGCACCACUGCUGACACACACACAUUCAUUCAUUGAAACACAUGUCUGACAGGACUAGCACCGUGAACACUUGCUGGGUGCCAUGAGAAAUCCAAUAUGGCAAACACUGUAAUAUUUGUAAAUGUACUCAGCAGUAUUGUAAAUAACUUGGAUAAGAGAAUAGUGCCACAGGAUGCCUACUACAUUGCAUGAGAAGUAUUAUUCUGUUCUGAAUUACUUUGUUUGCUAUUAUCAACCAACAUGCUUAUCAAGUUCUGCGUUAGAAAGAAGCAGUGCAGGAGUGUAAUGGAAAAUAUAUACCAGUAUAUUUAUUUAAGGACUGUACUAAAGCUAAGCUUAUAGUAAUGAGUUCUUACAACCAUUUUAUAUAUUUAGAUAUAUAUUAUAUGUAAACAUAUCUACGUAUAUAAAAGGUAACAUAGUAGUUUAUAUUUAUUUUUUAAAAUACCCUAAAAUUCACCUUUUCACAAGUUUUUCUUGAAGGAAAUACAUAAAAAAAAUACACUGGCCACUCUUAGGGGUGCACAUUUUUUUCCAGCCUUUCCAAGCAGUGGUAGCUACCAUCUUUAUGAAAUUAGAGAAGACCAGAGUAAUAAAAAAAGUAAACUUAACCACUUUUGUGUGCCUUACAAUGUAUAGUGUAUAUAUCCAGCAAAUAGACUCUCCUUUGGCCCUAUGAGCAUACUGUACAUGCCACUUUGAUGUUGUGCUUAUUUUUAAAACAAUGAGCUUGCCUUUAAAAGGAGUGGCCAUAGGCAUGCAAGCGUGGCACAGAAGAGGUUAAGACACAAGUAGAACAAAGCUGGUUGUUCACCGAUGCUGUCACUUGAACUGACUUUUCUAUCUACUUUGAAGUGUUUUAUGGUAAAAGAAAAACAUCUGCUUCUGAAGAUGGUAGCUAUGGCAGUUUUCAAAAUCACACCACUGUGAAUUUAGUGCCACAAACCUGUGAGUCAUAAAAUUAUUAAAAUAUUGUUAUCUGAUGCUUCAAGACUGAGAAUUAAGUAAAAGAUUCUUGAACUGAUCAGUUGUUUGUAUAUCAGACUGUCAUACAGAGUGGGUAAAGAAUUAAUAUUGUUCAAAAUUAUUCACCAUAUAAUUCUUUAUCUGUAGAUACUUCAUGAACAAGUUAAUUGCAAGUGUUCAAUUCAGAAUUUGAAACUCAAUUUGUAUUAGUUAGUUUUAAAUGGAUGCAUAAAAUCACAUGGUUUCUUUCUGUUCUCUGCUUAGAAACUUGAAGAUUCAGGUUUUUGGAGUGAAUAUUUGCAUUUAUGAAAACAAAAUCUGCUUUCCAUAAAUAUUCUCAAAUAUGCACUUAAAACUCAAGUUUCUGCAAACAUUCCUGCUAGUAAACUUAUUUAUUAGAAUAUUCUCAGAAAGCAAUUUCUUAUAUACAUUUGAAUAAAUAUUUGCAGAAAAAUGUAUUUGCCCAGUUCUAGUUUCACAGAAAGAAUCAAAUUGUAAAGUUCAAAUUAUUCGUUGUGAUAUGAAAUGGAAAAAGAUGGCUCUAGGAGAUAAAUUUACUUUAUAGAGACAAGAAUUUAGUGAGAGAGCAUCCUUUUGUUUGGUUCAUUUAUGAUACAGUAUCUGAAAAAAAGGAAUGCUACUCAGACUUAUUUUUCUAUCACUAUUAUACCACCAUUUAUUUGAACCAUAGUGGACACAGUGGUAAAAAAAUUCACCCCGAAAUAAUUCCAGGAUAUAGUUAUAUUAGUAGAAGAAUAUUACUGACCUUUAUAUUGGGUUCUCUGCAUCACACCAGCUCUUGAAUCAUGAAAUCAUUGCACUACAGUUAUAAUUACAUUUGGAUAGAACAUACAAAAUAAGUGCAUAGCAAUUAAGUCCAUGCUUGGUCCGAUUCAGGUCAAUGGUCCCGUAAGCAUGGGCUUAAAAGGGUAUGAUUCUGCUCCUGUUUAAAUUAAUGGCAAAAUUCGCAUUGUCUUCAGAGGAGCAGUAUUAAACCCUAAAUGCUCUGCUGAAUAGUGAUGGAUUUAAGCAUGCACUUAAAGUUAAUCCUGUGCCUAAGUGCUUUGCUGAAUUGCAGCAAUAAUGAAGGUGCAGGGAAUAGACAGAGAAAAACUUGCCAUCACACAUUCACCAAAAUCAGAGUUGUGAUAUUCAUGCAAACAGUAAACACAAAUCUGAAUGUAUUUACUAUGUGAACAUUUUAAUUAGUGCACCACUGAAUAGAAAGAGCAUGAGAAGAGAGUUCUUAUCUUUCUAACUUUUGUUCAUAUCAGAUCUAUAAAUAUUAUAGAUAUAAAUAUAUAUCUCACUAUUUUUUUAUUCCUGUCCUCCAUAUGGUGUGGGAGGAGUAUUAUAUAUUGAAAUAAGCAAUGGUGUAAGGUGGAAAAGCCACUUUGAAACUGUACUGCAUACUGUACGUGCAUUAACAAGAAGCUAUAGAUGGUCACAAAAUACUAAUUAAAUGGAUUGUGCUUUUGGUGUUCUUACUGAGAUUUUCUCAUCUGCAUUUUGGUGCAAACCCAAACCACAGUCUGUGCUUUUGUACUAAGAUUUUAAAACAAUGCUCAAGAGGGAUUCCAUUGUAUUGUUACCCAAAGAUCGGAAAAUGCCACUUGACUGGAGAACAUGUUAAAUGAAGUCUUUGGUAAACAUUCAAAAGUGAACUUACACUCUUCUUCUCAAAUAUUAAUUGGAUACAGCUAAAAUAGAAAAAGAAUAUUUUUUUCUGUGGAUAUGUGCCUCCAAAAAUAAACAAAAAUGGUAGCUAAAGAGACUGGAUCGCAACCUUCAUUUCUCAGAGGGUUUAGUAUAAUUAAAAGAAAAAUAAUCAUAGGUAUUUCUGAAAGCUAAUGAGUGGCUGAGAUUAGUCUGGGCCAUAAAACUAAUCCCUCCCAUGGCUAAGAGAUCACAACUUCUUUUGAUCAUAUUUUCUUAAAAAGCUUUCCUUGGCAUGAGUCUAUUCGUUUUGAAGUUCCAGUGAUAUGAGUCUGUAUUUUACUCUUGGAGAGCCAUCCCCAUCAAAGAAGCUAAAAUGUGUUUUGGUUAUUCAGGAUAAAAAAAAAAGUGAGCUAAUAAGGAAAAUGAACUAUUUUUCCUUUUAGUAUACAUCGGAGAGGUUUCUCAUGGCUGGGGUUGAGACAAACUGGGAGAUAGGUUUGGAGCAAAGCUUAGCCCCUAGAACAACAAAAAAAUUAUUUCUAAGUCUAAAACAGUAUUUUUAUUCUUUUAGCUUUUACAAAUAUCACUAACAUGUCAAUAGAGACAAAGUAUUUCCAGAAUAAUUUUGACAUAUUUACUUACAUGCAUACAAAAGUCUGUACAAUAAAUAAGAAUCAGUUAAAGCUGAUUUGCUAAGAAAAUGUCAACCAAUGUAUGCCCCUCAAUUUCUGUUUAAUAUUAGGAGAAGCAGAGUUUAACUUUCUAAACCAAACAAGACAAGACUUUCUGUAUUUAGGUUUAAAAAAAAAAACACUUGAGAAUAAAGAUGUGGAGUUCUUUAAGUUAAAACAAGAAAUUGGUUUAAAAAUGUGAAUUAUACAUCCUACAUUUUAAAAAUAGCCUCCAUCUUUUCUAAUGGAUAAAAUAAAUGAAUAGGCUGGUUAAUCCAGACAUUUUGUUUGACAUAUGAGGUCAGAUAUUUGGCUCUGUUUCUGCCUAUUUUGCCUUCUCAGGCUGUGCAAAAAAGUCAAAAAGCUGCCCAAAAAGAGGCUGUUAGAGAUUUAUCUUGGCAUAGAAGAAUCUCGGAAGAAAACAAUAUAGACAGAUCUACUCCACCAGCUCUUGCUCCCAGUGUGAAAGGUGUCAUAAGGGCAGGGCUAGGGAACACAGCAUUUCAGUGAACCUUGUGGCAUAAUGGCACUGAGGCUGUUCAAAUUUGUGCUCAUAGUUGGCUUAGCUCCUAGCCAGCCGUGAGGUUCAGGGAAGACAAAAGAUGCCUUAGACUGAGCUAUGUGCCUCCCCACUGCUUCAGCUGUGCCAAGCUCUGCUCCAGUGCAAUGAAGUUUGGAGUCCAUAGUGUCUCUCGGAUGAAUAAAUAAAUCCAGCUUCCACAGUAUCCAUCUAUAGAUACUGUUGUAGAUCUUAUAUAUUAUACAAAUGGUGCACAAACCUGCAUUAGCACAAAUUGUUUUGGGGUUUGUGACCUGUAAGCCAAUUGGAAUGCAAGUUGUGAUCCAAAGAUUUAUUUAUAAACAAUGGUCCUGAUCAUAUUUUCAUUGAAAUCAGUGGCAAAAUUUCCUGAUCCAAAUUUGCCCUAGCAGCCAAUAUAGUCCUCCUGAAAUCAAUAUGGUUGCACAUGAGUAAGGGCAGGAAUGGCGCUCCCUUGACUUCAGUGGUGGAGCAAAAUCAAGCCCAGAAUAAAUAUAUAAUAUUUAUUAGUUCAACAGAAUUCCUGCCUGAAUACUCAGAUAAAUCCUGUAUUUUUAUUAUCUUCAACCACAUAAACAAUGUGUUUGGAUGUAUUUUAUUUAUUCAAAUGUUUUCAAAGUUAUUCAAACACUUUGAGCCUUUAUUCAGACUUUCUGCCAGUAAUAUUUUUAACCAAAGACGUCACUCAAUCAGCAUGGCUUUCCUGCAACUCCACAAACUUCAGUAAGUCUUUUUGUUGCUAGAUGCUCUUUCUGCAACUGAUUGUAUGCUUUUCACCAGCUACCCUCUUUUUUUAUUAUUGUUAUUCUUCCAUUUCCUCUAAAUACAGUCCUUUGAUGAUCCCAAUAUCUAUCUCAGUAGCACUUCCUGAAGGGUUUGAGACAUUUUUUAUUUUGUCAUAUUAUUAAAUGAAAUGUCCCUGAAUUCAUUCUAUUUAAUGAAAAGAAAUAAUCAAAGGAAAAGAGAAGCUCUAACAAGUUGCAGCAUCAGUAUUCUUUAUUAUCAUCAUGCGGCAGAGAUGCUGAGUCAGAUUCUAUCCCUUAUCCCAGUUCCUACAUGCAAAAGCAAAUACGGGCCAUAGCUGUGACACAAAGGGUGGAGACAACAGUGUAGAGCUGUCAUCAUGAGUAUCAGAGGCAUUAUCUCCAUAGUGCAAUGAAGAUUCUGGGCUGUGACACAGCCACUAGACAAGCCAUCAGGAGGCUGCUGUAAAUUAGAGUAGCGCUUGGCAGCUCUAAUUUGCUUUGGGGCCUGCACUGACCCCAAAGUAACCUGCAAUCCUGAGGGUUCAAAGGUGAUUUAAAGUCAUCUUUGCCCCCACCUUCCCCUGGGCUGCACUUUCUCAAACACUGACAGGAGAUUUUCUUUCUUUCUCUUUAGGAUUAAGAAUCAUCUUGCUCUUGUGCCAACUUUAUGGUCCUUCUUUCCCAAAUAGCCCGCCCAUAAGCAGCUCUUGGAUUAGGAUAGGUCUUAUUGCCACAAGGCAGCCUUGAUCAUUUGUUAUCAAAAGACUCAGGUGGCCACUGUGCCAAACAGAGAAUUUUGAACUUGGAAUGUUGAUCAUCAAUCCAUUGUCAGAGCUGGGCCACUACCCAUUAAACUGGAAAACUGGUGCACCAUUUGUCUUUUCUUUUCUUUCUUUUUUUUUUUUUUGAGCGGAGGUGACAAGAGAAGCAGGGGAGGGAAUAGCAUCCAUACAAUUGAUGCAGGGAGUUCUCAGGUUUUGAAGAACCUUAGAUGAAAACUUAACUUUACCCCAACUCUCCUCUUUAAUUAUAGUUUUCUAGAUCAAAGUAUUGCAGUUUGGGGAAGGGUACCAUUUGAAAGUUUUUACUAAGGAAGUUCUCCAGUUAUUCUCCAGAAAUCUUGAGUCCUGACCAACCUCUCACUGAAGUCAAUAGGUGUCUUACUAUUGACUUUAAGGGAAUUUAGACUGGACUGUUGAUAGCAUAGAGACUGGGAAUGUUAUCAGUGGUGACGAAAGUGUUGACAUCAAAAUUAAGAUUCUGGCAGAAACUCCAUAUCAUGUGCCUAAAGCACAGUACAUCUCUGAGGAACAUUAUUAAACUCCAAGGGCCAUUAAACUCAGAUCCAUUAAAUCUGCUUUUGUGCUUCUCCAGUGACACAAAGCACACUUAAGACCAUCUGAUCUGGAUCUCUGAGUACUAUCUCAACAUGCAAUCUCCUGCAAUCCUCCAGUGGCAUGAAGGAUGUGUAAAGCCCUCUCACUUACCAACACAGUGCAUGUGCCUGUGAGAAAGGGAACAUAGCUGGGGCUUUCUUACAUCCUGGAAAACCCUGGCUGUCAGCCUCUUGGAGCUGUUGGAAGUCACUGUGAGACAGAGCUGAAUGCCUAAAGUUUGAGUCAACAUUUAAUGGCUUUAGGGUCAGGGAGUCACAAAGGUGACAAAGCAGUUUUCUCCCUUUAAACAUACUGGACUUGUGCCAGAUGCCACUCAGCUGCUCCAGAGAAUCUGAGCCCAAAGGCUUAACUGUCCCAUGACACAAGUGUCCCAGAAAGACCUGUGAGACUUGAGACUGUAUGAGGUCAAUUGACCAAUGGUAUAUGAAGUAUAAUUUAAUUUUCAGACUAAACACCAAUUUACUGAUGCAGGUAAAUCAGAAAACUGGGCUACUAUCAUGAACCCAAUCCUGAAAAGGGUCAGCAAGGAUAUCAGGGAUCUGCCUGCAUGGUUUCUUCUGCAGGACUGGGGACCUGUGCCUCUAAAAUGUCCGCCACAGCACACCACAAUUCAAACUGUGCAAAUGUUAGUGUAAUAUCUACAAGGGAGAACUUCCUAAAGUGGCAUUUAAUUGGCUUAAGUUUCAAAAUAUGGAAACUAGGCAUUUGUAGGGAAGACAUAAGAGGUAUGGCCCAUGUCAACUGUGGCUGGCCCAUGUCAACUGACUUAGGCUUGUGGGGCUCAGGCUACAGGGCUAUAAAAUUGCGGAGUAGACAUUCGGGCUCGAGCUGGAGCCCAGACUCUGGGACCCCACAAGAGGGGAAUGCAAAAACUGGAUAACAAUGGCGAUAGCAAUAUUAACUCAGCUCGGGAUAACUUGGGCAAGGUGCUGAGCACUCUGGCCUUGAUCUAUAAAAACAUUUAAGCAGGUGCUUAACUUUUAGCACAUGCAAAGUCCCACUGGAGUCAGUGGAACUACGCACUUGUGUAAGGUUUACCCUGUGGUUAAUCGCUAUGCUGGGGCCUUAGAUUUUUUGUGGACUGUUACUUUUAUGUGAGGAGAGGCAUUAUAGCUCCUUUUUGACCCAUCAGAUCUUAUUAAACUGCCUGCUUUUACUUCUUCAUCAGAUUUUUCUCAUUAAACCUCAGCUGCGAAGAAGCUUUCAUAGGUGUCCUAGAUUUCUCUUUGCUUUUGUCUUUUAUCUCCUUUUCCACCCAAAUAAAUUUACAUACUGUAGUUUAGGCCCUGCAAAGAUGUUGUCUUAACACAUACCACUUAGUAUCUAAAUCUAAUCUCAGCCAUGUUAUCCAUUAGUGAAUGGAAAUUUGUUUUAUAUUUCUUAUUAUUUAAGUAACUGCUAUUGAAAUGUAAUAUUUUUAUGGUUGAUUUUUAAAAGAUUUUAUUUCCUUAGCUUCUUAUAAGCAGAACCAGUAUUUUAAUUAUGAUCAGCUCUAUUUAUUAAUGUAUAGGCAUCUGAUUCUCUAAUCUUAAUAUAACUAAUAGAUUAAACUUAUUUUCUACAUGUUACAAUUUAUGCCAUACUUCCAUAUUUGGAAGGAAGAUUAAAAUUAAUAUUGUUUAACUUUUGUCUGAUUUUGAGAUGGCUCAUAUACUACUGCAAUCUGGUGUUAAUGAAUAUGUUACACACCUCAUUAAAAAGAUACUGACUAUAUUCACUCUAUUCAGAAAAUAUUUAUAGUCAUUCUUAAUACAGGCCAGUGCUGGAAUAAACAAAUUGAACUGUCUGUUUUUAUUAAAAUAUGUACGCGCACUGCAUGCACUAAAUGUGACAGUUGAGUACUGUAUAGUGUGCAUUACAGCCACUCUAUAUGCAGUACUUGAUGUAAGUGCUGAUGUUAUAGGAGAGAGAAAAUAGGUAGAGAACUAUGUUACUUGACUGGAAAUGCCCAAUUAACUUCUGUCCCCAAGCUUCUAGAGUAUUAUACCGUCUGAGGCAUUUGUGGGGUCUCAAUACAGCUGUUUUUACUUAUUGUAAAUGCAUCUGGCAGAAUGUUGCAAAUAACUUACAUUUCCGUAUUAUCUUGAGUCUCUCUUGCAUUUUGUCACUAGCAACUACAAAACACGUCUUAACCAACAAAUUCUGUUCACUGGUCAAAGUAACAGUGAGACCUGUUAUAAAUGCUAAAUUAGGCUUAGUAUCGAGUAAGAACUUCUGUUUCACCAAGAAAUUGAAGCAUUUCAGUCUAAGAAGCUAGGAAGAGAAAAGUAUAGACAAUAAGAGGAAGGCAGUAGUAUUAAGGUUCCUUUUGCAUUUGACACUGACACUGUAUUAAUUACAAAGAAAAUAUCCUUGUAACACCAUUAAUUGCUGGGUCAUAGAUGACAUCUGUCUAGUUUACUAAAGUAGAUAUUAAAACUUGUACAAAUAGAGAGCCUAUUUUAGAUAAUGCUUAAAUGUAUGACACCCUUGUACUAUGGCUUGCACUUUACUUGCAUAUAAACUGUGAAGUAGGCUGUAGUAAUAAUGUCUUUGUAUAUUCAGGGGUUGAAAUACCAAAUCACUAGAGUAUUAUAAUGCUGGUGUUCAACCUGUACUGUUAAUCUAAUCUGAACAAGCUCACAAAGUGUAUUUUGAAAAUCCUGCUAACUUAUGAUCAUUAGCAAAUAAUGCUAUGGAGUCUCCAUGGUCUUUCUUUUGUAAAUAUGAACAUUCUUACUAUUUCUGUAGCAAUAGGAGGGUAUAAACCAAACUUUCACUAGGACUGUUUUCAACAACAAAAAAUUCUAUAGCGCCUUGUAUAAAAAUCAUGGAGACUACAUGAUUUGUGGGCAUUUUUGUUUACAGACAAUGUAUAUAUAUGUAUUAGAGGCAGAACUGUUAUUUAUCACAAAGCUAUGUUGUGGUUGAUUAUUUCUAAAAGAAAAUGUAUGUUUUCUGUCAUAAAGAGAAAAAAAGUAUUUUAUGGGAGCCAUCCUGAAAAGAAGUUUGACGCUUCAAAGCUUCAAAUACCAGUAUGUCCACAUUACAGAUGUUUCAGCCUCACCUGCUGUAUGUUUUCAUAAUUAGCUGUGAAAUAAAACUGAGAGGUGAUGAUAAAAUGUCUAUCUGAGCCAGGGAAGAAUCCUGGAUUGUGUUACAGUUUAUACAUGGUUGGAUAUUUUGAGACUGCAAUAUAAUAAUUAUCAUCAUAUUUAUAUCUGAAGGUCCCUUUUAUGAGUAGACACCAUUUAGAUUCUGUAGUAGAUAAAGUCCUUCAGCUCAUUGAUGCUACAGAGAUAGAAAAUGAAUUACUCUGGACUCAUACAGGUAAAACUAAAUUUCAACCCCUGGAUAAUACAGUAUUUUUCCCGUUUCCCAACAGUAUACUUAAUUUUAUACUUGUCCUAUGUUGGGAAGUGAUCCACUAAUUUAUAUAGGCUAUGAAUGUUAGUUUAUUUUUCUUUUCUCUUUUCAGAUUAGUUCUGUGUGAAUUAUUGUAAUUGGCUGCAUUUUUUCUAUCACAGGUUAUCUUUUUGUGUGUCUACAAUGAGAAUUUAUGAAUGGAAAAUUUCACUGUGUGUUGCUCACUGGGCAUAUACCUCAUGGUACAUUGCACAGACAUGUAAGUUGUAAGUUGCACUGCAACAUUAAAAAAGGAACAUAUUGCUCUUUUUUCAAAGAUAUUAACUUAUUUAAAAGAUAUAGUCUGUACAUUAUGAAAAGGACAUUUAUUCCUCCUAAAUUCAAAAGUAGCUUUUGUUUUGGGGGAAAUAAGUUGUAAAUUUCAGUUGUAAAUUUGGACUUCAAUAAACUGAAUUCUCUGCACUUAA